GUUAACCGCCAUCUUGGCAACCACAUGACCUCGUUACCGUGUCCCGUGACCAGCUCACGUGAAUUUUGACAAAAUUCAAACGCUUUUUUCGCUAAGAGAAGGAAAUGGAUAUCCUAGAACAGCAUCUCGAGCAGCAGGAUGUGAGUGCUGUAACCAAAGAAGAACACAAUUCAAGCAUUGUCAUCGAGGAAGCCGAGAUCGUUGACUGUGACGGAGAUGCCGUUGGAGAAGAUGGGCUACGCUAUCAAGAAACACUUGCAUAUAGGGUUGUCCAAGUUAAUGGAACCCCCAAUAAUGAAAUUGAACUACCCGUAACACAGGCACCACUGCAGGUACUGACAUCACCAAUAAACGGUCAAUUCUAUGUUAUUGGAAGUGCAAACGAUGUUUUUACAACUGCUCAAACGUCUAGAUCUGUCAUAGCACCAAGAGCAACAGCGACUCUUCAAAUAGAAACACCUCGUACAUCUUCGACGGGUUUAAAAAAGAGAGACGAUAGGCGAAGAGCUACGCAUAAUGAAGUAGAACGUAGACGUAGAGAUAAAAUUAACAAUUGGAUCGCAAAACUGGGAAAAAUUAUUCCAGAAUGUAGUACCACAACAAACGGUAGUGGAAGUAGCGGAGAAAGCGGUGGCAAAGCAAAUUAUGAAACUCAGAGUAAAGGAGGAAUCUUAGCCAAAGCAUGCGAAUAUAUAGCAGAACUUAGAGCCGCUAAUCAAUCUAUGGGACAAUGUUUGCGUGACAACGAGAAACUUCGUCAAGAGGUAACAGCAUUAAAGCAAGUGGCAGCCCAACUUAGACGAGAAAAUUUACACUUGAAAUCACAAUUACCAACAGCUCAAGAAGUAACGGAUGUUCACAUACUUCCUUAAUUAAUUAGCUCUACUUAUCAAUUUUUCUGUAUAUAAAGUGCUUGAAGCAUUCUACUUCUUUUCUCUCAUAGCAGUACGACUUUGUUUACAAAAAAUAAAAUAUGAAUUAUGUCAUUGUCUACUUUAAAUUUAGACGAUUAACCAGAACUCGUAUCAUUGUGCAUAGCAUUUUUAAAAAGUUCUAUUUUUAAAUGAAGAAAAAAUCGCCUUAAAUUAUG